GCAGGCCUUUCGUUGAGAGACAGAAGCGAAGGCGGAAGUAGUUGAAGCAGCCCGGCUGACGUGUCCGGGGUACACAGAAAUGGCUAACCAGGGAGAGGUGGACGAGUUGUUUGAUGUGAAGAAUUCUUUCUACAUUGGAAGUUACCAGCAGUGCAUUAAUGAAGCUCAAAGGGUGAAGCCUUCGAGUCCAGAGAAGGAGGUGGAGAGGGAUGUAUUCCUGUUCAGAGCAUAUAUAGCCCAGCGCAAGUAUGGGGUAGUGCUUGAUGAAAUCCGUCCAAAUGCCAAUGCGGAAUUGCAGGCUGUCCGACUGUUUGCAGAGUAUCUGUCCAAUGAGAGCCGCAGAGAUGCUAUAGUCUCAGAUCUUGACAAAAAGAUGGCAAAAAGUGUUGAUAUCACUAACACAACAUUCCUGCUGAUGGCAUCUUCAAUUUAUUUCCAUGAUGGCAACACAGACGCUGCCUUGCGAGCCCUACACCAAGGAGACAGCCUGGAAUGCAUGGCCACAAUAAUUCAAGUGCUGCUGAAACUUGACAGGCUUGAUCUUGCUCGGAAAGAACUGAAGAAGAUGGUGGAGGUGGAUGAGGAUGCAACAUUAACACAGUUGGCAACAGCUUGGGUCAAUAUUGCUGUGGGUGGAGACAAGUUGCAAGAUGCCUUCUACAUCUUCCAGGAAAUGUCUGAUAAAUAUUCAUCUACUCUUCUGCUGCUGAAUGGGCAAGCCACGUGUUAUAUGGGUCAGGGCAAGUGGGAAGAUGCAGAGGGUGUUCUACAGGAAGCACUGGAUAAGGAUAGCAGCCAUCCAGAGACCUUGAUUAAUUUUAUUGUCUUGACCCAGCACAUGGGAAAACCACCUGAGGUCACCAACCGUUACCUGUCUCAACUAAAGGAUGGACACAGAAAUCACCCAUUUAUUAAGGAAUACCAAGCAAAGGAAAAUGAAUUUGACCGGUUGGUCCUGCAGUAUGCACCCAGUGCAUGAAGUCAUCCUGGCUAACUUAUAUUCCUCCAUUAGCACUAAGCUGUAACCAUAAAGCACCUUCCUGCAGGGCACGGUGGUACAUCAUAUGAUCGUUCUGAAAUUAGCAAAACCUUUGGGCCUGUAUCAGCAUUUACAAAGAUCUGAUUAUCUUUAACCUCAAGUCAAAAGGUCUGAAUCCUGGAAACUAAUUCUUGGCAAUUACAGAGAAAAUGCCAACUUUUUUUUUAUAUAAUCUGUGUCCCUUUGUUGUGCUCUCUUCAGCUGCAUUCCCAGUAAAAACAAAUGUAUACAUUU